UAGUUUUCUUGGGUUUCGGAUGGCUUUGCUUUCUUUCAUACAUUUUUCAUUAUUUAUCAUGUGAAUCUUUGGUAUAUUGUAAUUUCUGUUAGGUAGCCACUAACAAAAAGCUUAAGUGAAACAGUUGCCACACAAGAAGCAGUCAUGGUGCCCGUUGCAAUAGAAGGAUGUAACCAAGGGACGGAAGGUGGUGGAGCUCGAGGUGGUUCAAUCUCUUUGGCAUUGCUGAUCGACUUCAUCGUUCAAAGAACAUACGAUGAACUUACGGUGCUGGCGGAGCUGUUGCCCCGCAAAACAGACAUGGAGCGCAAAAUCGAAAUUUACAAAUUCAGUGCACGCACUCGUCAGCUGUUUGUUCGUCUCCUGGCCCUGGUGAAGUGGGCAAGCAGUGCAACAAAAGUGGACCGCUCGGCUCACAUCAUGGCCUUUUUGGAUAAACAGGCGCUGCUGUUUGUAGAAACUGCAGAUGUUUUAGCAAGAGUUGCCCGUGAAACUCUAGUACAUGCCCGCCUGCCCACAUUCCACAUGGCGGCAGCGGUAGAAGUGCUCACACUAGGCACAUACAGCCGGCUUCCAGCCGUGAUCCGCGAGCGCCUCGUGCCGCCGCCGACGCUGACACCGGCCGAACGGCGCUCCACGCUGCGGGCGCUGGCACAUGUCGUAAGACAGCGGCUCACCACAGCAUCAUUGCCUACUGAUGUUCGUAACUUGAAGGUGGAAAACGGUCGAGCUACAUUCUCAGUUGGCCAAGAGUUUAGCGUGUCAUUAACAGUGAUGGGUGAUGCUCCCAAUCUUCCAUGGCGAUUGUUAGACAUAGCUAUCUUGAUUCAAGACAAUGAAACAGGAGAAGGCAAGCCUCUUGUUCAUAGCUCUCAACUAGCUUGGCUUCGUGGGGUGGCACAAGCUCGACUUGCCGCCGCCGGCUUGGGCGGCGCUCUCUCUGCUCUGCGAUACUUUUGCCGAUCCCUCUCCCUGGAACUCUUGUAUACGCAGACACUAAGACUGUGCCGCGAUCGCUUGGCAAAGCACCUACAAGUUGACAAGUACAUACCUGGACAGAAACUUCAAGUUUCCUACUGGAGGGAAUUAGGGUGCGAGCUUGGUUACCGGCUCAUAAUCGGCGCGGAGGGUGAAUCAUUAUGCGUCUGGCACGUGCCAGCCCUGACGGGCGGCGAGCGCGUGUCGGCCGCGCUGACGCCGCACGCGCCGUCCAUGGAGCGGCUGCUGGCGCACACGGUGCACGUGCGCUCGCGACAGCGGCUCAACGACCUCAAGGUGCUGCUCAACGACCUCGGGGUGGAGUGCAGCGUAGGCGGCUGGCCGUGCGUACUAGCGUGCUCGGUAGUGUGGCCGUGUCUACGCGCCGAGCAGCUGCUAAUCUGCGUGGGCGCGCACGGCGGUCGGCUGCGCGCGCGCGUGCCCGCCUACCCUGCGUCCCCACGAAUGCCCGACUUAGCGCGAGCGCUGGCGGCUACAGACUUGCCACAGAUCAAGGCACUGCUUACGCAGCUCAGAUUCUGGCUCGUAGCGCGCCGUUGUGAGAAAACCUUACAGCAUCUCCCUGCAAGCGUAUGCGAGCACCUACCGUUCCUACACGGGCCCGAUCACCCGCUCAACAAACUGUCGCCUGAUCGACUCUACGUCACACUUCAUAGACACACUGAUCACAUACUAAUAGUGGAGAUGAAGGAGGUAGCAGCCGGCAGCACGGCGACCACGAGCAGCAGCAGCAACAGCGGCAGCGCGUGCUCCGUGGCGCUGGCCUUCCACCUGGCCGGCGCGCGCCGCUGCACGCCCGACGAGUGCGAGGACGAGGUGCCCGGCAGCACGGCCACCACGACGAGUGUGGCCCGCGCGUUCUUCAAGAUACACUCAUUGGUUGAGCUGGACACUUUCACACUCACUCACGGGCCUUUCACGCCUCUCGAUACGCCAGGUAUGCAGCCGGGCAAGCGCAAGCUGUCGAGCGGCGGCGCGCGGUCGGUGCGCGUGCGGCAGCCCGCCUACUUCCUGCCCGAGCUGGCGCACGUCGUGGCCGCCGCCGACGAGCGCGUGCCCUUCGUCAACCUGGCGCAGGAGCUCGCAGCCCGCGGUGUAACUCACGGCGGCGUCCAACCGGAAUGGUGUGGCUCCGCCCUAGGCAUGCGCAUCGUAGCGCUGCCUCGACCCGAGGGCGCUCCCGCCGGCGCCGCAGCUGCAUUGCGCGAGCGAUUACUGGCCGCUACCGUACGCCUCACGACCAAGAACCAAGCGCGCGUGUGGACCGCAGAGAUAGUGUUCCAUGGAUCGCCUGUACGCACGCCUAACCCAAAAGAGCAAGGCGAGCGUCGCUGCGUGUACCUGCAGUACGAGCUGGGCACGGACGCGGGCCGCACGGCCGACGCCUUCCUGGCCGACUGGGCCGCCAUCGUGCAUCUACACACGCUGCUGCACGACUUCAUGCUGCGCCCUGCACAAGAACGCGACAUGAUGUGGCAAGGCGUAUGCAUCCGUUCCUACACGUACCGCUCGCUGGUGAUCGGGUUCGGAGCGUCGCAGCGCGCCACGGCCGUGCUGCAGUGGAGCGCCGCGGCGCAGCGCUACACCGUGGCCACGCCCGCGCACCAGCCCGCCGCCAACGCGCACCACCUGCUGCACCACCACCUCGACCACUACAUCAACUGGCACAAAGACCUAAUGUCACUAGGCGUAGUUCUGCGUGAGACCUACGCACCAUUGCUAGCGCUGAGCCGGCUGCCCGCGUUGCCGCAACUAGGGCUGCACCACGUGCGUACACAGAUGCCCACGCCCACAUUCACGCUGCUCGCGCAUUCUUGGCGCAAGAUACGUAUCAUCUACGCUGGCGCGUACUCAUUGGAAAUUGGCAUACGAGGCGGAGGCAUGGUCACAAUACGUGAUGGCUCCUUCUCCAAAUUUGACAGAAGUUCCGUUGUAGAUGAGUUUGCUCCAGCCCAAGGACUCAAGGCAUUUUUGUCACGCUACGUCGAAGAGAGUAUAAGUUCAAGACUGUUGGCCGAAGACGACAACCCGCCUUCUCCCAUGUCUCCAAUGCCACCAGGUGGUCUCCGCUUCCCGGCGCCGCUGACGCCGCCGCAGCCGCACACGCCUCACUCGGCACCCGUCACGCCGCACCCCGCCUCGCCCGCGCAACACCAGAUGGGGGCCGGUUCGUUCAACCUGACGUCACCGCCCGGCGGCGCAGGCGCGGCAGGCGCCGCGCCCGCCGCGUCGCCGCACCCACCGCCCACUUCGCCCUUCACUACUUGGCCCGGCUCACCCUCGCUACCACGACCCUCGCCCGGACACCACCCGUCGCCGCGGCAUCAUCUUGACCACAAAGGUCCACAAGCCACGGGUUCAACGGCAUCGGGUGGGCGCGUGCUACUAGGCGGUCGCGCGUGGGCGGGCGCUACAGCCACGCCCCUACCCGUAGCCAAGCUGGAGACGCUGUGCACGCCGUGCGAGCCGCCGCCCAACGCGCCGCCCGGCCCGCCGCUGGCGCCGCUGCAGCGCUUCCUGGCCUGCGUCUACAUGAAGCGCACGCUGCAGCGCUUCGUGCAGCAGGAGGAGUUCCUAACAAUGGUAUCCGUGGAGGCCACGAGCCUGACGUUCCGCUGCGACGCGGCCGGGCUGGCGGCGCGCGUGGCGCUGCACCCGGCGCACCUGCAGGCGCUGCACCUGCAGCUCACGCCGCUGCCCGACCACAAGGACAACUGGGCGGCCGACGACCUGCAGGUGAUGGAGAAGUUCUUCGACCAGCGCGUGGCCGUAGCCCCAUACCGCGCCACAGCGCUGCAGGGCUGGGCACGAGUAUGGGGCGCGCCGGCCGCCGCGCUGCCGUCGCUCGUGGCUCUCAUGCGCGCCGACCUGGCGCCGCUCGCGCUGCAGCACGCGCCCGCCUGGCACCUGCACUGGGCGCUGCGCAUCCCGCCCGCCGCGCCGCAGAUAGUGCCCGCGGGACAACCCGCCGUGCUGCUGGCCAAGCACAAGAUACUCUUCUUUGUGAGUGUCCCUACAGCUACAGUUCCAUGAGUCCCCGCUCAUGCGCCGACCUGGCGCCGCUCGC